CGCUGAAGGAGCCGAUGUCACCAUGGUGACCGGACGCUUUCACGGAAUUUUUUUAGCACACAGGGAGAAUUAAGUCAUUUAACGUGGCCUACUUAUGGAUUUAACACAGUGCCAGCUAUUCAGUUUGGAUCCCGGAUGUUAUCUUCGCGGUCUUUAAGUAAAAAAGCUGUCAAAUAAACGCUCUUUUAAAAUUUCACUACCUUAAAACUUCCUUGCAAAUAUAAAUGAUCUUCUAACUCUCACAAAGUUGUCAAGACCAGCGGAACAAAUGGCGGCUUCUAAAGGAGUCGUUCCCGGACGAGCAUUAAGGACGUCCAAAAGAGCUGACAAAUCAUCCCCAGCGUCCACUCAGAGAUUUAUGGAAAGACUGCCAUCUGAGAUCCUGAUUAAGAUUUUGUCAUACCUGGAUGCUUCCACACUUUGCAGCAUAAGCCACAUCAAUAAGCUCUUCUAUCAGCUUGCCAACAGCAAUGCUCUGUGGAGAAAGCUUUACAUUGCGGAUUUAAGCAAGAAUAAAAAGUGCAUGGACAAAUCUCUGUUGAGGAUGGCCACGAUGGAGGUGCAGGAUCGAGCCGAAGGUUACUAUAAGAGGCUGUACUUCAAGACUGUAGCCGAAUGCGACAUGAUCAAGUGGACGAAGCGGCUUGGACUCAUCAGUAUUCACACAGGGCUGCCCAGCCAAACAGAAAACUUGAACGUCACCUGGGAACUGACAGUCAUGGAUAAGUCAGGGCGUGAGAGCACUUUGGAGCAGAGCCGGUCCCAGUUCACUGAGACUUCAGUGACACUGUGCUGGAGCGGAGGAGACCGUUUGCCCGACUACCAGCAGAUUUCCAUCCUUCAGCUCUACGGUGUCAGGAGGCUAGCCUGCGUCAGCCCAAAGAGACCUGUUUGUAUGUCCCUCAUGGCAAAGUUAGACAUGCAGACUCUAACUAAGAACAUGCAAGUCAUUGGCCAGGACAGAUUGGUGCAGCUUAAGUUGCUACAGCCUGGCAUCAUCAUCGGUGUCUGGAGGGACCAGUGCUCAGUUGCCUUUAUCAUGUUCACCCUCCACUUCCACAAGCUGGUGGAAAGAAGCACUCAGGGAUCUUCUGUUUGUUCCUAUGUGGAGCCGGUGGUCCAACCCCCUUUCUGUGAUAUAGACCCUGAAUACGGUCUCCAUGGUUACCAGCUACACAUUGUUCUCCACAACACUGUAUGCGAGCUCAUGUCCGGAAGCUUUUCCCAGCUCUUCUGCCGCAGAACUCAGAUCUCUGAUGGGCUGAUCCAGCUAACCGUCAUUAGCAGCGCAAACUUGUCCCAGCACACACCUCUGUCUGGCGACAUCACCCUGCCCUGGCGUUGUGAGGCCCUGCAGGGCACAGUGGAGAAUUGCUGCAUUAUGAGUCUGACUCUGCUAGAUGAAUUUAGGAAGCCCUUCAAGUGUGUCACCUCGCCCGUUUCAGCGGAGCUGGAAAGGACGCCCGUGUGCUACGACUAUGACGGUGAGCACUACCUGAUGCACUAUCAGGACUCCGACAUCCAGGUGAAGAUGAGGCUUGUGUGGAUGAAUGAACAGAAGCAGUUUAUUCUCAUCAGUUUAGUUGUCUAUGUGAGUGUUUGCUAUGUAAACAAGUAUUUCAGUAGAGAUUACUGAUUGUUCUGGAUUUCCCACAGAAAACUGGUUUCAUAUUUAAUAUUUGCUCACUCCAUAAGACCACCAUAACAGUUUGUUCAUUCAUUCAGUAAAUGUUGUAGUACAAUGACUGCUCGUUUUAUCAUUAUUUUGCCUUCAAGUGUUUAAUGAAUGAAUUUAGUGUGAAUGGAUCUGAUUUCUUAAAAAAAAAAACCAACUUCUUUACUCUCUAUUUAAUUUCCUAGUUAUUUCUUUUCUUUGGAUUGGUUAGGCUUAAUCCUUCCCCUGUUCUUGUCACUUUGCCUUUGACAAAAUAGUAAAGUCCUUGAAAUGUA